AUGUCGAUCGAAGGCCUUAUCUAUGAUCCAAAUGAUCCGGAAUUAAAAGAGUCAAUGAAAUAUUUGGCUCUACCACCUGAAGAGCGUCUUAAACUUCAAUCUCAACCUUUCGAUGGCAAAAAGCAAUGCUGGGCACCUGAUGCAAAGGAAUCCUUCGUUGCUGCUGAAAUUACUGAUACUAAAGGCGAAGAAGUAAUAGUUAAAACCGAUAAAGGAGAUAGUCUUACUUUGAAAAAAGAUGAUGUUCAGCAAAUGAAUCCACCUAAAUUCACUUGCUGUGAUGAUAUGGCUAACUUAACUUAUUUGAAUGAUGCUUCGGUCUUGGCUAAUUUACGUGAUCGAUACUCGCGAUGGCUCAUUUAUACCUAUUCAGGUUUAUUUUGCGUUGCUAUCAAUCCAUACAAACGUUUACCAAUUUAUACAAUGAAGGUUGUACUUAUGUACCGUGGUAAAAAACGUACUGAAGUACCACCACAUUUGUAUGCUAUUUCUGAUAAUGCAUAUUCAAAUAUGCUUCGUGAGCGUGAAAAUCAAUCGAUGUUGAUUACAGGUGAAUCAGGUGCCGGAAAAACAGAAAAUACUAAAAAGGUCAUUCAAUAUUUUGCGUUGGUUGCUGCUGCUAGCGCUAAGAAAGACGAAGGAAAGAAAACAAUGACCCUCGAAGAUCAAAUUGUGUCAGCCAAUCCCGUACUUGAGGCUUAUGGUAAUGCAAAAACAACUCGAAACAAUAACUCUUCUCGAUUCGGUAAAUUUAUUCGUAUCCAUUUUGGCAGUUCAGGAAAAAUUGCUGGUGCUGAUAUUGAAGUAUAUUUACUUGAGAAAGCUCGUGUCAUUUUUCAACAACCAGCUGAACGUAAUUAUCACAUUUUCUACCAAAUGUGCUCAAGUGCUUUUCCUGAUAUUCACAAGGAAUGUCUUAUUACCACUGACCCAGGGAAAUACCAUUAUGUAGCUCAAGGCAUGCUUACCAUUGAUAACGUUGAUGAUGCUGAAGAAAUGAGAAUUACCGAUGAAGCUUUUGAUAUUCUUGGCUUUACAAAGGAAGAAAAAAUGAAUAUGUACAAAUGUACAGCAGCUAUCAUGCAUUUUGGUAACUCACAAUGGAAACAACGACCACGUGAAGAACAAGCCGAAGCUGAAGGCACAGAAGAUUGCGAGAAAGUUGCUCAUCUUCUUGGUGUUGAAGCUGCUGAACUCAUCAAAGGUUUACUUAAACCACGUAUAAAGGUCGGUAAUGAAUAUGUUAACAAAGGUCAAAAUAAAGAUCAAGUUAUUAACUCAAUUGGUGCUCUUUCCAAAUCGAUUUACUCGCGUAUGUUUAACUGGUUAGUCGAGCGUGUCAAUACAACGCUCGAUGUUAAAGCUAAACGACAAUAUUUUAUCGGUGUACUCGAUAUUGCCGGUUUCGAAAUUUUCGAUUUCAAUGGUUUCGAACAAUUAUGUAUCAAUUAUACAAAUGAACGUCUUCAACAAUUCUUCAAUCAUCAUAUGUUUGUCUUAGAACAAGAAGAAUAUAAGAAAGAAGGCAUACAAUGGGAAUUCAUUGAUUUUGGUAUGGAUUUACAAGCUUGUAUUGAUCUUAUUGAGAAGCCUAUGGGUAUUUUAUCCAUUCUUGAAGAAGAAUGUAUCGUACCUAAAGCUACAGAUAAAACAUUUGUUGAAAAACUUUACAACAACCAUUUGGGUAAACAUCCACAAUUCGGUAAACCCAGACCAGCCAAGGGCAAAGCUGAAGCAAAUUUUGAAAUUCAUCAUUAUGCUGGUUCUGUCCCAUAUACAGCUACAGGUUGGCUCGAAAAGAAUAAAGAUCCUAUCAACACUACUGUUGCAACACUCUUUUCAAAAUCGAAGAAUGCAAUGUUAUGUAAUCUCUUUGCUGAUGUUGCUGAAGAAGAAGGUAGCAGUGCCAAAACAGGAGUUAAAAAGAAAGGUGGCAGUAUGCAAACAAUUUCAGCUACUCAUCGUGAACAAUUGAACAAAUUGAUGGCUAACUUGAAACAAACUCAUCCUCAUUUCGUUCGUUGUAUUAUUCCGAAUGAAAUCAAAACUGGAGGAGUACUUGAUUCACACUUGGUUCUUCAUCAACUUCAUUGUAACGGUGUACUUGAAGGCAUUCGUAUUUGCCGUAAAGGUUUUCCCAAUCGUAUGAUCUAUUCUGAAUUCAAACAGCGUUAUUCUAUUUUGGCUCCAAAUGCUAUACCAAAAGGAUUUGUUGAUGCUAAGAAAGCAACGGAAAACAUUCUCAAAGAAGUUCAAUUAUCUGAUGAAUUAUAUCGAUGUGGUACAACAAAAGUAUUCUUCAAAGCUGGUGUUUUAGGUCAACUUGAAGAUAUGCGUGAUGGUGCAUUAUCAAAGAUUAUUGCAACAUUACAAGGUCAAAUUCGUGGCUAUAUUAUGCGAAAAGAAUAUAAAAAAAUGUUAGAACAACGUAUUGCAUUGUCAGUCUUACAACGUAAUGUUCGUAAAUAUUUAUCAUUACGUAAUUGGCCAUGGUGGAAAUUAUAUACUAAAGUUAAACCUUUAUUAUCCAUUGCAAGACAAGAAGAAGAUAUGAAAAAACUUGAAGAUGAAUAUAAAGCACUUAAGGAAGCUUUUGAAAAAGAAGAAAAACUACGUAAAGAAACUGAAGAAAGCAAUGCUAAGUUAAUUAAAGAUAAAAAUGAUAUGUAUUUACAAUUGGAAUCUGAACGAACAAAUACCGCUGGAGUUGAAGAACGUCUUUCACGUUUAGUUACACAAAAAGCUGAUCUUGAACAACAAAUUAAAGAUAUGGAAGAUCGUAUGACUGAGGAAGAAGAAGCGUCAAGUGAAUUAAAUAAUAAACGUAAAAAACUUGAGCAUGAUAUUGAUGGUUUGAAGAAAGAUCUUGAUGAUAUGCGUUUAAAUUUACAAAAAUCUGAAAAUGAAUGCAAAACACGUGAUAAUCAAAUUCAUACAUUACAAGAUGAAAUGGCACAACAAGAUGAAACAAUUGCUAAAUUAACACGUGAACGUAAACGUCUCGACGAACAAAACAAUAAAACAACUGAACAAUUACAAGCAGAAGAAGAUAAAGUCAAUCAUUUAAAUAAGCUCAAAUCAAAACUUGAACAAACGUUAGAUGAACUAGAAGAUAGUUUAGAACGUGAAAAGAAAAGUCGUGCCGAUUUAGAUAAAUCAAAACGUAAAUUAGAAACAGAUCUUAAAGGAUUACAAGGCAGUAUGGAAGACUUGGAUAAAUCAAAACGUGAAUUAGAAGAAAAUCUUAAACGUAAAGAUCAAGAAAUUCAACAAAUGGGUGGACGCCUUGAAGAUGAACAAGGACAAGCAACAAGUCUUGGCAAGAAAAUCAAAGAAUUACAAGCACGUAUUGAAGAAUUAGAAGAAGAACUUGAAGGUGAACGACAAUCUCGAACGAAAACAGAAAAACAACGAGCUGAUUUAGCAAGAGAAAUCGAUGAAAUGAACGAUCGACUAGAAGAGGCCGGUGGUGCUACAACAACACAAGUUGAAAUGAACAAGAAACGUGAAGGUGAAUUAGCUAAACUUCGUCGUGAUUUAGAAGAAGCUAAUCUUCAACAUGAAGCAACAGCUGCACAAUUACGAAAGAAACAUCAGGAUGCUGUCAAUGAAAUGGGAGAACAAAUUGAUCAAUUACAAAAAUUAAAAAAUAAAUUAGAAAAAGAAAAACAAACAGUUAAAUCGGAACUUGAUGAUUUACGUACUCAAGUUGAACAUGUACACAAAGGAAAAGCAGCAGCUGAAAAACUUUCCAAACAACUUGAACAACAAUUAAGUGAUAUACAAAUUAAACUUGAAGAUAGCCACAAACAAAUCAAUGAAUUUAGCAGCUCAAGAUCAAGAUUAACAACUGAAAAUUCAGAAUUAGUCAAACAAAUUGAAGAACUUGAACAUCAAGUUAGUUCAUUACAAAAAGUAAAAGUCACAUUACAACAACAAGCUGAUGAAGCUAAACGGGCUUUAGACGAAGAAGUACGUGGUAAAGGUUCAGUUAAUUCACAAAUACGUAAUUUAACUGCUGAUCUUGAUCAAGCACGUGAACAACUUGAAGAAGAGCAAGAAGGCCGAACUGAAUUUCAACGACAAGUUACCAAACUCAAUGCUGAAGUUCAACAAUGGCGAUCCCGUUAUGAAUCAGAAGGCUUGGCUCGUUCUGAAGAACUUGAAGAAGCUAAACGUAAAUUAGCUGCUAAAUUAACUGAAGCUGAAGAACAAGUCGAAGCUGCAUUAAACAAAUGCAAUGCAUUAGAAAAAGUUAAAGCUCGUUUACAAGGUGAAGUUGAAGAUCUUAUGGUUGAUGUUGAACGUGCUAAUGCCAAUGCUUCUGCUAUGGACAAGAAACAAAAACAAUUUGAUAAAUUAAUUAAUGAAUGGAAACAAAAAUGUGAAGAUAUUACAGUUGAAUUAGAAGCAUCACAAAAAGAAUCCCGUCAUUAUUCAACUGAAUUAUUCAAACUUAAAACACAAUACGAAGAGUCACACGAACAAAUUGAAGCACUUCGUAAAGAAAACAAGAACUUGGCCGAAGAAAUUAAAGAUCUUAUGGAUCAAUUAGGUGAAGGUGGCAAGAGUGUUCAUGAAUUAGACAAAGCUCGUAAACGUGCUGAAUUAGAAAAGGAAGAAUUACAAGCUGCUUUGGAAGAAGCUGAAUCAGCCCUUGAGCAAGAAGAAGCUAAAGUUUUGCGUGUUCAAAUGGAAUUAAGUACCGUUCGUCAAGAAAUCGAUCGUCGUAUACAUGAAAAAGAAGAAGAAUUUGAAACUACACGCCGUAAUCAUGCACGUGCUCUUGAAUCAAUGCAAGCUAGUUUAGAAGCUGAAACACGUUCAAAAGCUGAAGCACUUAAACAGAAAAAGAAACUUGAAUCGGAUAUCAAUGAACUUGAAGUAGCUCUUGAUCAUGCAAAUCGUAGCAAUGCUGAUUUACAAAAAACACUUAAGAAAAUACAAGUUACAGUUACUGAAUUACAAGUACAAAUCGAAGAUGAACAACGACAACGUGAUGAAGCCCGUGAAGCUGCUGCUGCUGCUGAACGUCGUGCUAAUCUUAUUAUCGGUGAACUCGAAGAAUUACGUACUGCUUUAGAACAAGCUGAGCGUGCACGUAAAGCAGCUGAAACUGAAUUAAAUGAAGCGGCUGAUCGUAUUAGUGAAAUCAGUACAAUCAAUGCUAAUUUAUCAUCGCAACGACGACAACUUGAAUCAGCUGUUGCUGCUAUGCAAGCUGAUUUAGAUGAAGCUGUUGCAGAACUUAAGAACAGUGAAGAACGCUCGAAGAAAGCUGCUGCUGACGCUGCUCGUCUUGCUGAAGAAUUACGCCAAGAACAAGAACAUACAAUUCAAAUUGAACGUCUUCGUAAAGGUCUUGAACAACAAAUUAAAGAUCUUCAAACACGUCUCGACGAAGCCGAAUCGAAUGCACUCAAAGGUGGCAAACGUAUUAUUAUUAAACUUGAACAACGUAUUCAUGAAUUAGAAAAUGAAAAUGAAUUAGAACAACAUCGUCAUCAAGAAACAUUGAAAGAAUUACGCAAGAAUGAUCGACGAUUAAAAGAAUUAGCGUUUCAAGCUGAAGAAGAUCGUAAAAAUCAAUUGCGUUUACAAGAUCUCUCAGAAAAAUUACAAAGCAAGAUCAAAAUUUACAAACGACAAGUUGAAGAAGCUGAGGAAAUUGCCGCUCUCAAUUUGGCUAAAUAUCGAAAAGUUCAAACUGAACUUGAGGAUUCAGCUGAACGUGCUGAACUUGCUGAAAAUCAAUUAGGCAAAUUACGUGCUAAAACUCGUUCAACGGUUAGUGUUAGUCGCACUUCACCAGGUCGUGAAAUACGGGAAUCAACCAUCAUUCGAGCAACAUCAAUGAUGCGCUCUAAUUCGGUCCGUCCUCGUUAA